AAAGGCCAGGAAGGCAAAACCAGAGCCAAUCGAAAUAUAGAGUUCUCCUUGGCAUAUAAUUUACAGCGAGAGAGAAAGAGAGAGCGUUUGGAAUAAUGGGUGUUUUCGGAGACGGGAAUGGUGGAAGGAGGAGGAGCAGUGAGAGCGGAGAGGAGGAAGCGACGUCGUUGAGGAAGAGGAACGAGGAGCUGGAGAAGGAGCUGAGGAAGAGCCAGGAGAGGGAGGAGCAGAUGAAGAAGGAGCUGCAGAGGGCGUGGGAUAGGCUCCGAGUCGCCGAGGAGGCGGAGGAGCGCCUCUGCUCCCAGCUCGGCGAGCUCGAGGCCGAGGCCGUCCACGAGGCGCGCGAGUACCAAUCCCGCCUACUCUCCCUCGUCGACCAACUCUCCCGGGCCCACCUCCCCUCCCCUUCUCCUCCUUCCGUUCGUUCUUGAGUCCUGUCUUUACCAGUACUCAUCUCUGGCUGUGGCCGGGUGUACGUACAUGUGGAAAGAAUUGAAACUUGAAAAUCUUUUUUCUUUUUCUUUUUUUUGUUUAUAUAGUGUUAAUUAAAUAGAUUGUUAUGAUAUGUACCUCAAGAUCUGAAUCACCAGAUCGAGUCGAACACUAUUGAGAACAUGAAUAUUGGUUGUUCUCGAUAUCUGUGCUUAGUUUUGGGUUUUGAUUGGAUGAGUCGUCUGUGUUUGAUAAUCUAGAACUUUCUUUGGCGUGUUA